CUAGCCGGUUUCUAAGUCUUUGCUGUCCAAUCUGGUGUACGCGCACAACCUGCAGAGACAGACCCCUAUUAUUUCCACUAUAUUAUUACUCCGUACAUUUCUAUGUCGUCCAAUUUUUGUGUACUACUUUUUUUCUCCAACCAAUAUCAAUCGUGCAGGCAAACUUCCAUUUUCAUAAAUUAAUACAAUUAGACAGAGUCUUAUGUUUAUGUUUUGUUUGUUACAUCCAAAAUAGGAAACUAGAGCUCUGUAUAGGUCUAGUUUGAGAGGAAUUAAUUUGAGAGAAAUUUUUGGGGAAAAUGAAUAUGGAUGUGAGGAAAAUAGUGGUAAUUGUGGAAGAUUUGGAAGUAUCAAGAACAGCUCUUCAAUGGGCUCUUCAUAAUUUCUUACGUUAUGGGGAUUUAGUGACACUUCUCCACGUUUUCCCAAAUUUAAAAUCCAGGAGCAACAAUAAGAGGCUCAGGAAUCUCCGCCUCAAAGGUUUUCAAUUGGCUCUGUCUUUUCAAGACCUUUGCAACAAUUAUCCCAACACCAAGACUGAGAUUGUGGUCGCUGAAGGGGACUCAGAUGGAGGAAAGAUUGCUGCUGUGGUUAGAGAGAUUGGAGCUUCUGCUCUUGUUGUUGGACUUCAUGAUCAUAGCUUUCUUUACAGGAUGGCCAUGGCCCAGAACAAUAUAGCAAGCAAUUUGAAUUGCAAAGUAUUAGCCAUCAAACAACCAACACCAUUGACCACCACAAGGAAAAGGACUACUAUUUCUUUACCUGUCAGUUCAACCAACAUGGACUUCUCACAGAUUGAAAUAGCUUCACUAAGUGUCCCUGAAGUUGGCCCACCAAGAAUUCCAUACCAAGUUUGUCCAGACCCUCAUGCUAUUAUUUGGAGAACAGGGAGAUCCAGAAGAUGGACAAGAAGAGAUUAAAUCUAAGAAAUGUUUUCUAUUUCAAUGAGGAAUUAUGUAUAUCUGUUUGUUAUUAAUUUUUUGAUGGCAACAGUGGUUCUUGAAUUUUCACAGUUUGACUCAAACAACACAGAACAAAGGGGAAAAAGGUUUACGAAAUUUCAUUGAGUUGAUGGUAAUCUGGUAAAUGAAGAUUCAUAUUCAUGCCAUUUUACCAAAAAUAGCGAAUGAUUGGCAAGGCGACAUAUGACUUCAGAAGAGCCAACUUUAACGCUAUACAUAUUUUGGAUGGGUGAUUUGCACAAAUAGGACAUUUUGGUGUCACUUUUGAUUUUUUUUAUCUCGCUUGCUUAAUGGGCAGAACUUCAAUUUAACAAGUGUUGCUUCUCGCUUGCU